GUUGGCGCUACAGUGUGGGAUUCAUCUCUUCAGAAAUGAUUGAAGAUCAUAUGUUCCCUCCAGGCCCUGACACUUUGGUACUGAUGUGUGGGCCUCCGCCAAUGAUCAAUUAUGCAUGCACACCAAAUUUGGAUAAACUGAACUACGAUUCAAAACUCCGAUUUGCGUAUUAAACAGAAUGGGACACGGGUGUAGUGAACUAGUAUUAUAUCUAGCAGUAUCUUUAGUAGCAAGAUUGUACUAAUAUGUUGAGCAGUACCUUGGUAGAAUAUUUGAGAGAAACAUGCUUUUAUUUUUAAUUGGAAGAAAAUGUUUAUUCAUUAAUUAAAAUGGGUAUUAUUUCCUCGAUUUAUUUGGUUAUCAUAUUAGCCCCAGAUUCCAAAAAUUAAUGUACAUUAGAAACAUUUUUGAUGAGUUUGGGUUUGAAGAAGCAUCAAUAUUUUCAAUUUAUAGCAAGAUGAUGAUUAUAUGGGCUUGCAAUGUGUGUGAAUUGAUAAGCUGUUGAGUGGGUAAUCUGCAAUUUUCCAAUUAUGUGAUUAAAGAAAAAUUAUAAUUUUUGAUAAUAAGAAUAUUAAGUUCAAACAUUGUGUUGAUUUCAGAAAGACUGACAUAAGGCAUUUUUAUCUAGUUGAUAAUUGUUUAGCUCUGAUUUCAUAGUUUUUUUUCUGUCAGGAAUAUCUCAAUUCUUUUUAAUUUGAUUUUUUUCUUUGAACAAAGAAAUGGUCUUGUUUGGUUACUAAAUCAGUUACAGAUAAUUGAUAUAAUUGGAUCAGACAAGAAUUUCAUACAUUUGUGGUCAUAAAUCUUAAUUAUUUUUUCCAAAAAAGAAAUAUAAACAUACUAUUGCACUAUUCGCUAUUUUGAAAUAAUUUCACACUUACUAUUUUGUCAGAGAUCAACAUAUAUUUUUGGGUAUAAGAAAAUUAUUGAACAAAAGGAAUUGUAACACAUAAGAGUACACAUGCACCUAAAGUAAUUAGCAUUUACACUUUUAGUACUCAGGCAGUUAUUCACAGUUUUCAUAAUUGUAAACUUAAGUGAAGAUUUGCAGUUUUGAAAUAAGCUGGAAUAAAUAUACGCAUUUUAGAAUAGAGUAUACACUUUUCUUUUUGCAUUGGUCUGAUUGUCUUUCUUAAAGAUGCAUUGUUAUCUUUUAUCAACUGUGAUAUAAAACAGUCGCACACUUGAUCAUAAAAUGAGUUGGUUUAUAAACGUUAACCUUAGUAACAAACAGGUUUAAAUGAAUGAGCCAGCCCACUUUUGUCUUGAAGUAUGUGAUAUCAGGUUUUUCUCUUGCUAUAACGAUCUUCCUGAUUUUUAUUUGAUUUAUCAUACAAAAAAAGGGUCACAGAUUGUUUGAUUUUUGCUAAUUUUGUGGCAUUUAUUUUUCAUAGAAUUUUUGUUAUUUUUUCUAAAUAUAUAGGUGUUAACUUUUUUUUGUUUUAUUUAUUUCCUUUUUUACAUUCCUUAAAAAAUCAUUCUCAACGUCCAAAUAACAUUCCUAGGUGAAAUGAAAUUCCAUGAUUUUAACAGUAGUAUGUAUUCAGUUGAAGUGGUAAUAUUAAAAUUAUUCUGAAUUUUAAUUUCCCUUUCCUGAUUUCAAACCUGAAGUCACAAUUGUAAUUAUCAAGUGAACUUGUGAAGAGAUCUCAGAGAAUACUAGCUUUAAAUUAUUUCUGCUCUUCAAUUUUUUUUUUUUUUAUAUAUUUUAAUUAAAACUAAAUUGUCAUAAUAUACCAUUUGUUUGUUGUUUUUUAUUUUGGAGUAUCUAGUUUCUGUUAGGCCUCUCUUGUUAAGAAAAGAGCUGCACAGACAUUACGGUGUUUGAACGUUUUUUUCUGCAAUUUCUUGACAAGAACAUGAUGUUAUAACAUUAAAGGAAUGUCUGCAAGAGGAACGUUUGUGGGAAUUCUGUAUAAAGUGAAAAACAUUAUUUAGAAAAUAAGUUCAAUGACCUUAAAAGUGGUUGCAGUUUUUUAUUAAAAUACAAUUACGGAGUUAUCAAAGAAAAGAACAGAAAAAAGUUUUACUGAUUAAGAAUCUGUACGGAGGGAGAGUGUGUUUUAGAUUUUUGAUUAAAAGUAUUAAGCAAGGUGAUCCUCCAACACCCCAGAUUUUGUAGUACAGAGUUUCUGCCCUUCACUGCAUUCACAUAUCACUAUUCACAGAAAAUGAAUGUUUUUUUUAACAUCCCCAUGUAGCUCUUGAAAGUAAACAAAGAGCUAAAACGAAGUAGAAAACGCCCUCAUUAACAGUUUCAUUCAUAUUGGCAUCAUGGCAGAGCACUGAUUUAUAUAAAUGUUAAAAGCUGCUUUUUUAGUGAGUGAAGACAGUGACUUCAACAAGGGUAGGGUCUCACUGACAAUUUAUGACAGGCUCCCAUAAAAAUGUGGUACACAGUUGAUACAGUAUUAUAAAAUGAAUUAUUCCAAUAAAAAUGUUCAUGAAAUAGGCAGUGGGCAUUGAUACCAAAAUGCCAUUCCGGUACUGAUUUUUGGGAGAAAUUAAAAAUUGUCCACACCUAAAGUAAGUUUCAACGUACUGAUAAACAAUGAAGCCUAAUUUUUUAAAUAAAACUUUACUAAAAUUGGCCUUACUUUUGUAUCUGAGAGCAUACCACGAGAAUGUAAGUCAUUAAAAACGAAAUUCAGUAAAAACGUUCAACAUUUCACAAGAAAAAAAAUAAGUUUUGCUUUUUCAAUUGAAGCAAUGAAAUAAAUUAGUCUAAUGGCAUGUAGCCAGCUACAGCAGUUUAUGGCCUGUGAACCUUUGUUCUUACGAAUGAAACAGAAAACAUCAGAAAUAGUUUAAAUAAUAAGUUUUUUUAGGGCAAUUGGCAGUAUUCAGCAGCCUUACGAUUAUGAGACUAGAGAAAAAGUUAAAUGACCCUGAUGGCCUCCCUUAAAUAUUUACUAUAUUAUUUAUACAAUAAAUAAUUAUAAAUAUGCUUCAAAAUAAUAAUUAUUGGUGAAUUUAUUUUAAGUAAUUCACAUUUAAUAUUUUAAAUGCUGACAUCAAGCUAACAUUUAAACAAUUUUCAGCAGAAAAACUAGAACAAUAAUUGAAUGAUUAAUUGAAAUAUAAAUUAUAUUUUUUUAUUUUCAAACUGUUUCUAAAUAAAAAUAUGCAAAUUGAGAGUAAUGUAUACCAUAAAAAUAGUUAUUACC